AUGAAAGAGAUAAUUGCCGAAGAAGUGGGGAAGGCAAUUGAGGGAAGUCUAUCCGGGUUCAUAGAUAAAAUUCAAAACACGGUGUUAUCAUUAGUCGAAGAACGAGUUAAAAGGUUGGAAGAUAAUGUCAACCUUAUGAGAGAGAAAUCUGGAGAACGUAAGGGAUGUUCGUAUAAGGAGUUUAUGGCGUGUAAACUGCCAAUCUACAGUAGGGAGGUCGACCUGAUAAUAUGUCAGAGAUGGUUAAUUGAUGUCGAAGGGGUGUUUGAAAGGACCCACUGUGACGUAAGCAAUUUUGUGGCUUACGGAAUGGGUCAGUUGAGGGGUCAAGCCAAGGAUUGGUGGGACAACAAAAAGAAGGAGAUAGGAGCCGAAGCGGCAAGGGUCAUGACAUGGGACGAGUUUAAGGUGCCAUUCCUUAAACAUCAUAGUCCCAAGGCAGUCAUCAACAAGAUCAAGGAAGAGUUCAUCCAGUUAAUACAGAGGGGUGAAACAAUUGAUAAAAUCACGGACAUUUUUAUGGAUAAACUGAGAUUCUGCAACGAGUUAGUCACCACUGAAGAACAGAAGAUAUAUUACUAUUACAACAUGUUGAGCGCUGAAUACCGGGAAUUUAUGACUCCCUCAAAGUACGAAACCCUCACGGAAAUCAUUAACACCGCCCGGGAGCGGGAAAUCGAGUUGAAGAAACAGAUUGAGAGGGGCGAACGAAGGGCACAAGAUGUGAAUCCGAGCCCUACAAAGAAGUCGAAGACAUCAGAAACGACACGAAAGAUGGAUGUGAAAGGUGGGUCACCAAGUUGUAAAGUUUGUGAAAAAGGGCACAAGGGCGAGUGCCGUUUCAAAGAUAAACCAUGUCCCAUAUGCGGGAAAACGGGGCACACGGAAUCUCUAUUCCCGGGUAAAGUCUCAGUUUGUUACAAAUGCUAUCAGCCCGGCCAUAAAAAGUCUGAAUGCCCAGACUUAGUUGGAAAGAAAGACACUAAAGAAUCUCCAACAGAAGCUCCAAAGGCGAAGGCUAGGUCCUUCCAACUAACAACGGUUGAAGCUAAAACAGAACCCGAUGUGGUCUCAGGCUGUAAAUUAAGUAUCGAUGACGAGGAAUACUUGAUAGAUCUAAUCCCGAUGUCGAUGGGGGAGUUUCAAGUAGUUGUUGGGAUGGAUUGGCUAUCUCGACACCACGCAAAGGUCGUGUGUUUCCGUAAGGAGAUAAAACUAACAUCUACAAGAGGAAAGCAGGUUACAAUCUAUGGUGAGAAAGGAGGCAAUCCUAUAAUAUGUUCGAUGUUGAAAGCUCACAAGCUCACAAGCUCAUGA